AUGGCCGGUGGCGGAAGAGCACAGGUUCGUGGUGUCGCCGUGACUGACGGAUCGAGCGAGCGCUCAGUUCCCGGGGUGAUCCUCAACUGCCGCGGGGCCGGGAGGAGUUCCUGGGGAGCGGGUUCAUUCCUCAGCGGACCUCAUCUGGCCAAGCUCAAGGUCUUCAACUUCUCAGCAAACAUGCAAAUCAAGUCUGGGUUCAAGUUCUUCUCUUUCUGUGCAGAUGAGGCUGCAGACUCUUCUGUCCCUACAACCACCAUCCUGGUGAUGGCUACUAGUGUGAGAGUAGGCCUUUCGCUGUGUGAAUUCCUUGGCGCAGCAAGUGGGGGAAGGCGAACUGAGAUAGACUACAGUCAGAAAAACAGGAUGAUGGAUUCGGAAGGUUCUGCCCCAGCGAAUGCGAAGGAAUAUCUAAGCAAUGACACAACGGCUACCUCUGGCAAACAUUAUCUCUGUGGCUACUGCGCAGCCUUCACGAAUAUAGCAGUCACUUUUCCCAUCCAGAAGGUCCUUUUUCGACAGCAGUUGUAUGGUUUGAAAACAAAGGAUGCAGUACAACAGCUGCAGAAGGACGGAAUCCGAAACCUCUACCGUGGCAUCCUUCCUCCCUUAAUGCAGAAGACGACAACGCUGGCCCUAAUGUUUGGCUUGUACGAAGAUUUCUCCUCCCUGCUCCAUAGCCACACGAGUGCCCCUGAACUCCUCACUCGCAGCAUGGCAGCAGUGCUCGCGGGGACCACGGAAGCUGUUCUCACACCUUUUGAGCGAGUUCAGACUUUGCUUCAGGACUACAAACACCACGAUAAAUUUACAAACACUUACCAGGCUUUCAAGGUACUGAGAGUCUAUGGGAUGAGAGAGUAUUACCGGGGAUUGGUGCCUAUUCUGCUCCGAAAUGGACCCAGUAACGCACUCUUCUUUGGCCUGCGGGGACCUAUCAAACAGUGUCUGCCUGAAGCAACCUCUUACAGCACUCACUUGAUCAACGACUUUAUCUGUGGAGGGCUGCUGGGUGCCAUGCUGGGAUUCUUGUUUUUCCCAGUGAAUGUUGUGAAAACUCGCAUGCAAGCUCAAAUUGGUGGUGAAUUUCAGUCCUUCCCGAAAGUUUUCGUAAAGAUCUGGCUGGAACGUGACAGAAAACUGAUCCACCUUUUCAGAGGAGCCCAUCUGAAUUACCAUCGUUCUGUCCUGUCCUGGGGCAUAAUCAAUGCCACCUACGAAUUCUUGCUAAAGCUGUUGUGAAAACACGAUCUUCCAGCAGCUCUUCUGUUCAUUUGGGUGUUGGCACAUAUGAUGUCACUGAAUCCCAGGGAACAGUGCCUGUGUACUGUGAAAGGUAACUAGUCUUGGCCUUCGAUAUUUAUGGAGUGAAUGGUGAUGCAUCUUAACCUCGGUGCAAUUAAGAUGAACUUUUUAAAGUAUUUAUUUGCUGGCAGGUG